UCCACUUGUGGGAUCAUGAGUCGACGACAGCAGUCAGAAUAGAAUUUAGCGCCAUAGGAAAGGGGAUCUCAAUGUUUUGCAGUCGCUUCCUCUCCUUGCUCCCUUCUUUUCAUCCAUACUGACCUGUGACACAUGGAUAGUAACAAAUCAUUAUUUAUGCGCGUCGACGGUGUAAAUAGAGCAAUGCACGCGUCUGCUGGGACGGGAGUUUUUAUCUUGUCCUUGACAUCAAUACCCAUUUCAUUUUUCUUCAACUCUCUGAUCUACACUAACAGCAUUGAGACAGUCUUUUUCGCUGGAUCUACAACUGUUCUUAUCUUGGCUAUAUCUGCAUGCUUUCUAUUCAAGAAGAAGGCACCCAAAGACCCUCUAUUCUAUGUGUUUGCAGUGUAUGCAUUCCUGAGUGUUGUAAACCUGAUCAUUGGUCUGGAGCAGGACAGUAUCAUCGAUGGUUUCAUCACCUUUUAUCUCAAAAAUGCAAACCCCUACAUUAACACGGCCCAUGGACACAUGAUCUCCUAUUGGGAUGGAUGUGUCCACUAUCUCAUGUACCUGCACAUGGUUGCAGCUAUAACCUGGGGGGCAAGCUACAGAGCCAUCGGCCUGUACUGGGUGGGGUCCAUUCUCAUGCGCGUCAUCGUCUACAUUCCUGGAAAUGUUGUGGGGAAGUAUGGUACCCAGCUGAGCCCCCUGUUCCUGGUCCACAUGCUCUACGUCAUGGUGUCGGUGUGGGCCUGCUUCAGCGUUUUCAGCCAGUCCACCACCAGACAGGCUCAGACAAUGAGUAUCAAUGAGGCCCAGAGGACUAUGCUAGUGGAGAGGCCCCUAGACUUUCUGUUUGUCAUCUACCUCGCCCCUGCUACAUUUUUCUGUGUCUUCAGAGGCCUGGUGGCCCUGGACUGCCCGACAGAGUGGUGUCAGGAGUACACACAGCUAUAUGAGCCUUACCUGAAGGACCCCUCGACCUAUCCUAAAAUACAGAUGAUAGUGAACAUGCUUUACUCCGGUCCGUACUACAUCAUUGCGCUCUACGGGCUGCUCGUGCCUGGGUGUGAGUGGAUGCCUGACCUCACUCUGGUCCACUCUGGGGCAAUAGCACAGGCCCAGUUCUCCCACAUCGGUGCAUCUCUCCACACGCGGACACCGUUCUCCUACAGAGUACCAGCUGACAGCCAGCUGGUCUUUCUAUUAGUCAACGCCCUGUAUGCCAUCGUACCCCAAGCCCUCUGCUACCGCUGUGUCACAAGCCCUGCCUUCUUCCUCAGAGACCAACACAAUGACAAGAGGACUGACUGAAGGAACUGACUGACCAACUGACUGGCUGGCUGGCUGACCGACUCAGGCCUUGACUACGCAGAAACCAGUCCAAAAGUAUCUCUCUGCCUAGCAUAACCGCAGAAACCAGUCCAAAAGUAUCUCUCUGCCUAGCAUAACCGCAGAAACCAGUCCAAAAGUAUCUCUCUGCCUAGCAUAACCGCAGAAACCAGUCCAAAAGUAUCUCUCUGCCUAGCAUAACCGCAGAAACCAGUCCAAAAGUAUCUCUCUGCCUAGCAUAACCGCAGAAACCAGUCCAAAAGUAUCUCUCUGCCUAGCAUAACCGCAGAAACCAGUCCAAAAGUAUCUCUCUGCCUAGCAUAACCACAGAAACCAGUCCAAAAGUAUCUCUCUGCCUAGCAUAACCACAGAAACCAGUCCAAAAGUAUCUCUCUGCCUAGCAUAACCGCAGAAACCAGUCCAAAAGUAUCUCUCUGCCUAGCAUAACCGCAGAAACCAGUCCAAAAGUAUCUCUCUGCCUAGCAUAACCUGGUGGCCAGUCUGUUUCAUAUUCUGCACUGGCCAACUCUAAGUGUAGUAUAUUCAAUACUCACAACUGUAUAGUUGUGAGUGUACACUACUGUAGUCUCACUGCUGUACUCUACUGACAUCAACACAACAGAGACUUAAAAACAGCAUCCAAGCAUAUCUUGCUCAGUGGUACAUUCCUUUACAUAGAAAGAAAACUGGAUACCUUUACUCUUCAUUUCUGUUUGUCAGUGACUAGUCUUAGCCUAUUAUGGAACUGAUUUAGGAUCAGUUUAGCCUUUUAAGAUUGCAAUGAAUAACAAUAAAUGGAUGGGGGGACCUGACCCUGGAUCAGCAGCAUUCCUACUCUGGGAUAUGUUAUGAAUACAGCACUGUUCUAAAUGUGUUUUCAGCUAAAUUACUUGUAUUCUCUGGUUCUGUCAUGCAUUACAACAUUUACUUUUAAAUAAAACAAAAGUUUGUUGUCAUAAAAUGCUA